GCACUUUUGCAAUAUGCUUAUCUAACUAGCAGCAUCUGAAUCAAACAGACCUAGCGGGCUUAAUCUAGGGAGAGUAAACGGCGAAGAAACUCCACUCCAAGUGCAAAUUAUUUAUUCAUUUAAUUUAGAGAUUUUAGCUGAAGAAAAGCUUAAAACUUGAACUUGGCAAACUAAUGAAAGGCAUAAACCAGUGAAAUAAAGAAUGUGGGACCGAAGAGAGUAAAAGCAAAGUCAUUUUGUGCUGUGGAUUUGAAAGGCAGUUUAACAUGCAGUGUAGCAAGUGGAAUGUUUUUUUGGUGAUACUUGUAUUUGUGGUGCUAGCCAUCCGUGGCUGUGGUGCACUAGUGGACAGGUCAAGACUGGAAGCCAGGGGAGUGAACCAUAGCUCCGAUGGACAUCGCACAUACCAUGAGCCUGUGCUUUCUGGCUCCAAUGCCAAUGACACUGGAGCAGCCAGGCAUUCUGCUGCAGGUUUCCAGAUUGUAUCCUUCAAGUGGGAUCAUAUUAUGGUUCCCUACACCAUUGUUCUCUGGAUUCUGGUGGCUGCUAUUGCCAAAAUGGUUUUAGGAUUGAACCACAAAGUGACCAGCAUCAUCCCAGAGAGUGCCUUGUUGAUUCUAAUUGGUUUUGUCCUGGGUGGCAUUAUAUGGGCAGCAGACAAAGCUCAAACCUUUACCCUGACUCCUAUAGUCUUUUUCUUCUACCUCCUACCCCAAAUUAUUCUUGAUGCUGGGUACUUCAUGCCCAACAAGCUGUUCUUUGGAAAUCUCGGUGCCAUCCUUGUGUUUGCCAUCAUUGGCACCUGCUGGAACGCUGCCACACUUGGUUUAUCACUGUGGGGCAUUUACCUGGGUGGUAUAAUAGGUGUCAACUUCAAUAUCAGUGUGCUGGAGUUUCUCCUCUUUGGAAGCUUGAUUUCCGCAGUGGACCCUGUGGCUGUAAUAGCUGUCUUUGAAGAAGUUCAUGUCAAUGAAGUUUUAUUCAUUCUUGUCUUUGGGGAAUCUCUUCUGAAUGAUGGUGUCACAGUGGUGCUGUAUAAUGUAUUUGACUCUUUUGUAACGAUAGGAGGAGGAAAUAUUAAUGCUGUGGAAAUUGUCAAAGGAGUAGUGUCUUUUUUAGUUGUGGCUCUUGGAGGAACCUUAGUGGGAGUUGUUUUUGGAACACUGCUGUCCUUGCUGACCAGGUGGACAAAAAACGUUCAGAUAAUUGAACCUGGAUUCAUCUUUGUCAUGGGAUAUCUGUCCUACCUCACUGCUGAUAUGGUGUCUGUUUCAGAUAUCCUGGCGAUCACUUUUUGUGGCAUUUGCUGUCAAAAAUAUAUCAAUGCCAACAUGGAUGAGAGAUCAGUUACCACGGUGAGAUACACACUGAAGCUGAUGGCCAACGGUUCUGAAACCAUCAUUUUUGUGUUCCUGGGAAUCUCUGCAAUAGAUCCCAAUAUAUGGGUUUGGGAUACUGCCUUCAUACUCCUAACCCUUGUCUUCAUAUUAGUCUACAGGUUUAUAGGUGUCUUCGUUCUGACGUGGAUCUUAAACCGCCACAGGCUGGUGCCCUUGGAAUUCAUAGACCAGGUGGUCAUGAGUUACGGGGGCUUGCGAGGAGGUGUGACAUAUGCCUUGGCAGUCAUGUUGGAUGCGGAAAAAAUUCGAGCAAAAAACCUUUUCGUCAGCACCGCUCUCAUCGUCGUGUACUUCACUGUCAUCCUACAGGGUUUAACAAUCAAACCAUUGGUGACCUGGCUGAAAGUGAAAAGGACUGAGCACAAAGAUCCUCUGUUAAUCGAAAAGCUGCAAAGCAGGGCCUUUGAUCACAUCCUUAUUGCAAUUGAAGAUAUUUCAGGACAAAUUGGGCAUAACUUUAUGAGGGACAAGUGGUUGCAGUUUGAUGAGAAGUGGCUGAGCAGGGUACUGAUGAAACCCUCUGCACGAAAGUCACAAGAUUACAUCUUCCAUGUCUUCCACCAGCUUAAUCUAAAAGAUGCAGUCAGCUACGUGUCAGAGGGUGAGCGUCAAGGGUCACUGGCCUUCCUACGGUCUGAAAAUGAUGCAAACGUGGAUUUUAACAGGAAGCGUCACUCAGCUAUGUCAGUGAUGGCGCCGGAUUUGAUCCACGAUGAUACCCCUGUGUCUGCAAUCCUGUACAAGGCCAGGAAGCAGCACAGACACCGGUAUAGCAGACGCCACAUCAGCACCAACAAAGAUGAGAACGAAGUCCAAGAAAUCUUCCAGCGCACCAUGAGGCAGCGUCUUGAGUCCUUUAAGUCUGCCAAGAUGGGGGUCGGCCAAAGCAAGAAAAUUCAAAAACAUCAAAGGAAGGAUCACAUGCAGAAGAUGCCAAAUGGAAAAUCUUCAGAGGAGUCUGCUGGGUGGUCAUUUUCUUCUCAAGAUGAAGGAAUUGAAAACCCAGCUUUCAUGCCAGAUGAAGAGCUUCCUGCUCCUCUGAGGACUCCACCCUGGUUGGCCAACGAAGACACCGUCGUGCCCUCACAGAGUGCACGUGUGCAUCUUCCCUGGACUCCAAAUACCUUCAACCGGCUCGCCCCACUGAGGCUCAGCACCAGAUCCACAGAUUCAUUUUUACUUGCAGGUGUUCCAGCUGCUGAUGAGAAUCCUCAAUAAUUCCAACUUGAUGUAGAAUCAAAAGUACAAAUGUCAUGUUGUCUACCACCAGGAAAACAUGAGUUGGUUCUUCCUUAUCAAGCCGUGUGGUAAAAACAUCUUCCUCCUAAUCUGUGAAACUGACUUUAUAUUUUUAUGUUUUAUUCUUUAACAUCAUUUGCAUUUAAGAUUUUUUUAUUUUCUAGAUCUCUAGAUAGCAAAGUACAUUGUAUUAUUUUGGUUUUUAUAGGUCUUUGUUUGCAUUACAUGCUGAAUUACUUUGCCUUAUCAAUAAUCUUCCUUCACUAUGAUGUGCAAUAAUCUCUAAGAUAUUAAAGAAAUAUUUUUAAAAAUUUAGAUGAACAAAUCCCUGAAAGGGAAUUUCGUUACAAAACUAUUAUUUUUAUGAAAAAGAGCUAAACUGUUGUAGGAAAUUAAUAUUUAUAUUAUGUUCAAAAUAAAACAUUUUGUACAGACAAAAUGGGUAGGUUUAUAUAUUUCUUAUAUAUUAGUUUAUCUACCAUAGUCUGUGAUCCCAAAAGGGUUCCAUAUUAACUGUAAAUCUUGAGAGAGGAUAGGCUUAAAUGGAAGUAAAUUCAAAAGCAAUUUGAGCACUAAUUAUUUGCAUGAUAAUUAGGAAAUAAUGUUUAUUAAUCUGUAGAGUAUAACAAAAACUGACACAGAAACAACUACAAUCCCAAAUCUGGCAGCGUGCCACCGUAGUUUUUUUGGCAUUUUAAGUGGACUGUCAUGUACUUUCAGCCUUCCUCCAGGUUCAUAAUUCCCAUGUGUCAGUCCCGUCUUGAGGAACACAGUACGGACUUUCUUUUGCAGGUCCUUCCUUAACUGUACUCAUAAAUGUUUAUCACAAUGCACUGGAAUAUUCAUCUCAAUUAACUCUGUCGUCCAUUUCUUCAUCUUCACCAAUGUAUUCUACGUUUCCUGCUGAUCCUGUUUGGCCAGGGACUCCUCUCAGUAACAAACACCAGGAUCCCUGAUGCAUCAGCAGCCAAGUUUGCCUUUCUCUCACAUUUCUCUAAGAGCACCUUCAGUCUGCUGAGUAUAAGGUCAAGGGAGCACUCAGGAUUCUGUCUCUGCCAUUUCUCACCUGGGAUGUGGAUAGAAGGUAUACUGCUACAUGCCAGGUACCGCCCCAGUCCUCCAGUGCUAAUACCUUAAAUCAUCCCUGUACCUUAGCAGCUUGGAACAUCUUCUUCAGUCCUGGGGAACUGCCACACAGUGCACCUGUCCAGAACUGGAAAAGCCCCUCUUUUGUUGCUUCGUCAUUCAGACUAGCUGUGGUUCAUUCUGCAGGUUUUCCUCAUUUGCAAGUGCAUAUCCUUACAUACUAUUCAAUUUUAAUGCUGUGUAGUUACACAGUUACUACUAUAAUAAUAUAAUACUAUUGUAUUUCAUGAAAUAAAAAUGAAGAUUAAAAUGAUCUUGACUAUUUAAUAUUUGCAGUAUAUUUAUGGCAUUACUAAACAUUUUAUAAAUUACAUUUUUCUCUCUCUUAAAUAUUUACUCUCCUAGCUCACACAAAAACUCUGAACAACUAAUCAAUUGAAUUUUGUGACAAGAAUUGAAAAGUACAAAUGUUGUAUUGUUAUUUCUACCUGGUGUGAGGAGUCUGAAAAUGAUGAUCAGUAAAAAUGGUGAAUGUCCUGUCGUGAAGUGUUCAGUGAGAGGGUACCGUAAAAUAUGUCACUCAGAUUAUGUACUAUAUACUGAUUCAUAUCAAAACAACACCAUUAGCUGAAAAGAGGUCAGGAAUUUCUAGGAACAAACCCAAGUUUAGUUGAGAUAUGCAUUAGCAAGAACUCUUAAAGUCUGCCUUUUUGAGAAUGAACAGAAAAAAUGUUGUUUAGGAUCUCUGGUAAUUUAUAAAACUGAAGAAAACUGAUUCUCUUGAAUUCUAUACCUGUGAGCAAAUGAAUAAAUUAAGUGUGUUAUAGCA